AUGGACGACUUUGACCCCGAUCUCACCGCAAGACCGGAGUUCCAGGUUAUCAUCCAGCUGCUUCAAAGCCCUGAAGCAUCUCCCAUUGAGGCCGUCCAGCGGCUCCUCCAGGCACGCGAAGACCAGCAACAGUCGCAAAAAGAACCCCGGGCAAGAAUCGAUGGCAACCACGCGUGGUUCACGAUGUUGUCGCUCGUCGAACUCGCCACUCUGACUCCUGCCGCUGAGCAGACCAAGCUGGUGGGGUUUGUCUCCCAGUUGCAACAAACACCCGUCACGGAUCCCACAACGGGGGAAACCCCGACCGCGAUCGAUCUCAAUCUGUGGACCGAUCUCCCUUAUCUCCGUGUAUACCUAGGAGAUCGGUUUGGGUUCAACUACUCAACGCAGAAUUCCCCCGCUGAAAUUCAAGAGUGGGAGAACCGCAACGCAUUCAUGGCCCAAUUGACCGCGGCGGCGGACCAUCUCGGCCACGCCAUGGACUUCUCGAUUUAUGGGCUAUAUACGUUCGAGGAGGCAUUCGAGAAGGACAAGCCGGUUGAGGAGGCCGUGCGGACGGCAUGUGUGUGGUUCAUUUUUGCGGGGAAGCGUCUGUGGGAGAACUGUCGGGCUGGACGGGUGUUUGGGGGCGAGGGCGAUCCCCCGCGUCGGGGCUUUGAUCUGGAGCGCUGGCAGCUCUGGAAGGGGGGAAUCGGUGCGGCGAGAUUGGCAAUUGGUGGGGGCGAUUCGCAAGAGUUGGUUGCGAAGGCGAGUGCGGAGAUGGAGGGGGCUGAAGGGCAGUAAAUAAUAAUUUGAGAGAUGUCGAGAUGCCGAUGAGGGGUGUUGUGUACCUGUUGGAACCAUCCCCCACCGUCCCGAUUCCCGCCCCGCACCGAUCUUUCGAUUCAUCCAAGUGACCAUCUCAUCAUGUCAGGCACAACAGUCUUGGCGAUGUGAUGAUGUAUCUUCUCUUAUGUUAUUGAAGAGUCUGUGGCCACUUUGAAGAUCGACAUCCAAGGUUGGGAUCAUCAAAAUGUUUUCAGGUGAUUGGCUAGAAACACGAGAUGCUGCAGUUAGUCAG